UACAUGCAAAUUCUGUCGUCACCACUCACACCUGAAAUAGACGAAAUCGUUCAAAAAAGUAUUUAUGUAUUUUAACAUGCAUUUCCCAAACAACAGAGCUCCUGACCUGCUGUAGUGAGAUAGCUUACAGUAAUACACAGAAAUAUAUAUAAUUUCAAUCAUGUGACUGUUACCUCAUCUGACUGCGCCCUGGUUCCGACUGUAGGUAUUUAACAGCUGCCUGGAGUUUGCUGCUGUUUGGAACAGGGGAGCAGGAACACAGGCAGAGAUCGGCUCUGAUCUUCCCUCAAGAGCGUCAAGCUGCCGAGAUGCUUUCAAGAUUGAGGAAAAAAAGGAUAAUAAUUUCCCUUCUUUGCGUCACUGCCAUCGGAGUGUUCUCCAAAUCGUCGUGGAAUUUAUCGGUAUACUCCUUUGGACUUCAGAGCUCAAGUCCUUGUGCCUGUCUCAGAUGUUUAACAGUAGGUGAUCCGUGGUUUCGGGAGCUUCUUAAUUCAUCUCCUCAGCCCUUCUUGUCAAAAACGUAUACGACCUCAGAGGACGAUUUCAACUGGUGGAAGCACAUGCAGGGGGAACACCGCAACUUCACUUUCUACAAAUCAACAGUGGACAAGCUAUUUCAGAUCUUCCCACCUGUUCCAGAUGUUGCAGGAUUCAGCCCUGACCGCUGCAGGACUUGUGCUGUGGUGGGGAACUCUGGUAAUUUGAAGAGAUCACACUAUGGACCUCUCAUAGAUAUGCAUGAUAUCGUAAUAAGAAUGAACCGCGGCCGUACUAAAGGCUAUGAAACAGAUGUUGGGACCAAAACAACUCAUCAUGUGAUGUACCCAGAGAGUGCUAAAAAUUUGGACAACACCACGCAUCUUGUGCUGUUUCCAUUCAAGAUAGGUGAUUUCCUGUGGCUCCUCCAGAAAUUCAAUUCAGGGAAAAACAGUACUGUGACUCCAAAGACGAUAGCUAACAAGGAUUUGGUGAUGAUCCUCAAUCCAGCUCUCAUGAGAUAUGUUCAUGAAACUUGGCUGGGAAAGAAGGGCAAGUAUCCAUCGACUGGCUUCCUGACUCUGGCUCUCAGCCUGCAGAUCUGUGACGAGGUCAGUGUUUUUGGGUUUGGAGCAGACAGCGAUGGAAACUGGGACCAUUACUAUGAAGUUCUGAAACAGAAAAAGCUGAGAACUGGACCUCACGCAGGAAUGCAUGAAUAUGAUAUUAUUCAGCAACUACAGGAUCAGAAGAAAAUUGUCUUUUUUAAAGGAUUUUAAAGGACACAGUCUGCCUAGCUGCUCCUGUCCCGAUGGAGUUUCACUGAUUCUUUGGGCAUCAAAAACCAAGCCUACCUCUGCAGUCCUGAAGAACUUUGAAGGGUCUUAACUGAGGAAAUAUGUGAGGCCCCACAGGAUGACGGACAUUUUCUUUUGUCAUUGUAGUGUUCUGUUAUUGUUCUGUUUGUACCACUCUAACUGCUACAGCUACUAAUGCUGAUCACACAGCUGCUACGUGUUAUUAGUAGUGGUAUAGGUUUAAAUUUUACAGUCAACAUUUGACAUUGCACUAAAAUGUUCCUCAUACAAAGCUAAAAUACUUGCUUCAUUGUCAAGUGCACUUGGGGCAUUUUUCAGCCAGUCCUGGCCCUGUAGAGCUGCAGUAAUCCAGACAAAUGCUGCUCCAGCUCAUCUCAACUCAGCUGAAUUGAUUCAAGUGAAUUCGGCUUCAGUUUAUAGGAGAUAAAAAAGAAAACUAAGGACAAACUUUUUCAGCUCAGUCCACGCAGAAAGGUGAGAUUGAAAUUUUGCAGUUUGUAUUGUUUAUACCAAAUUUUAAACAACGUAUUUAUGUUUGUAAUGUUGUCCAUUAAAGGCCACUGAAGGAGACUGCCAUGAUGAAGACUGCUCAAUGAGUUCUACCUUCCUAAGCUGGAUUG